AUGUAUCUGAAAAGAGUUUUUGAAACUUGCAAGCACUUCAUGCAGUUGCAGUACCCUUUGUUGUUUCCUUACGGUGAUGAUGGUUUUCACUUGAAUAUUCCGCUCCAUGGUAAGAAUAAAGUUGUUCCUUCCGAUGCUGAUAGUGAUCUCCACCCGGAUGAGACAAGGCAUCGAUCUACAGUUACAAUGAGAGAGUUUUAUGCUUAUAGGUUAAUGGUCCGGCCUGACGAAGGAAAAAACUUACAUCUAGGAGGACGCUUAUGGCAGCAGUUUGUGGUUGAUGCUUUUGCUGCAGUGGAGCAGUAUAGGCUUGAUUGGCUACGAGGGCAUCAACAUAUUAUUCGAUCUGAGCUUUACAAAUCUAUCUGGGAUUCCAUUCAAAAAGGUGAUACCAACCCAGAAACUCUUGGUAAAAAGGUUAUACUUCCAGCAACCCAUACAGGACAUCCAUCCAUGUUUCUGACUAUGACGUGCAACACAGAGUGGCCUGAAAUAAAGAGCAUGUUAGAGUAUUUGCCCGGUGUUGAUGUUGCUGAUGCACCGGACAUAGUAGCCCGUGUUUUCAAAUUAAAGCUUGAUCAAUUGCUUCACUUAAUCAAAAAACAAAUUUUUUUUGGGAAAUGUAUUGGAGUUAUGCAUGUCAUUGAGUUCCAGAAACAUGGCCUGCCUCAUUGUCACAUGUUAAUAUGGUUGCAUCCAAGCAGUCGUCCAAACAAUGUUCAUGAUGUUGACAAGUUAAUAUCUGCUGAGAUCCCAGACGAGAAUCUAGAUCCUAUUGGUUACAAUGUUGUCAAGCGUUUUAUGAUUCACGGGCCAUGUGGCAAAGAUUACACAUAUUCUCCGUGCAUGGUGAAGGGAAAAUGUGGACGUCAUUUUCCGAAAAAGUUUAAUGGAAACACUUUUUUUGAUGAUUCUGGGUUCCCUGUAUACCGUAGACGUCGGACAACCAACAACGUGAAGAAGAAGGGAGUUUUGCUUGAUAACCAGUACGUUGUCCCAUAUAAUAGGGAAUUGUUAGUCCGGUUUCAGUGUCACAUCAAUCUGGAAGUUUGCAACAGCUCCCGUUCAUUGAAAUAUUUGUUUAAGUAUUGCUUAAAGGGUCAUGAUACAGCAACCAUGUUGUUGCGGAAGAAAAGGGAUGUCAAUGGAGACGCCAGUCAACCAUUACUGGCCAGGUCCCGGGACGAAAUUAAAAACUAUAUUGAUGGCCGGUAUAUUUGUGCUGCUGAAGCUUCAUGGAGACUUCUUGGAUUUGACAUUCACUACCGACAUCCUUCCGUUGAGCGUCUGCCAGUCCAUGUUGAAGGCGAGAAAAACGUAACUUUCAAGAAUAAUGAGAGCUUGGCAUCUGUGGCUGAAAAAUCCAAAACUCGCCACAGCAAGCUUGAGGGUUGGUUUGAGGCUAACAAGGCCUACCCUGCAGCCAGAGAAUUCACUUAUCAGGAAUUCCCGCAAAACUUCACAUGGAAAGCAGAUGCUUGCAAGUGGAAGCCAAGAGAAAGGGGUAUUGUUUUUGGUCGAUUGUCUGAUGUUCAUGCAUCUUCGGGUGAGACAUUUUUUCUCCGGAUGAUAUUGAUGCAGAAUAAAGGAGCUACGUCCUUCAAGGCUCUGAAAACAGUAAAUGGUGUUGUGUAUAAAACUUACAAGGAAGCUUGCGGUGCUCUUGGCCUUCUAAAAGAUGAUCGGCAGUGGCAUGUCGCCAUGUCCGAGAGUGCAGCCUACGCAAUGCCGAGCCAGCUGAGGCAAUUGUUUGUCCACAUCAUUUCAAACAAUCAGGUUGCUGAUCCACUCAGGUUAUGGGAACAACAUCGAGUUUCAAUGGCUGAUGAUAUUCUUUAUACAAGGCGUCAGAAAGCCAAUAAUAUGAGCCUCCAAUUAGAUGAGUCUGAGAUAUAUAAGCUUACGUUGACAGAAAUAGAGAAACUGCUUAAUGACGUUGGCAAGAGUUUGAGAGACUUUUCCACACUUCCUGUUCCAGACGAAAGGUACAUGCGUGAUCUGGACAAUAGGCUUAUAAAUGAUGAAUUGUCUCACAACAGAGCUGACAUGCAAGAGCAGCACGACAAAUUAUACAAAAACUUAAACAAGGAGCAGCUUAACGCUUAUGAGUCAAUUAUUCAGAGCGUUCGUGAUAAAAAGGGUGGUGUGUUCUUUGUGUAUGGAAGCGGAGGAUGUGGCAAGACAUUCUUCUGGAACACCGUUAUCUGCAGAUUGCGUAGUGAAGGACAAAUUGUCCUUCCUGUGGCAUCAUCGGGUAUUGCUGCUACACUAUUGCCGGGUGGGAGGACAGCUCACUCAAGGUUUCACAUACCACUGAAGAUUGAUCGUCACUCCAUAGCUGGUAUCAAGCAUGGAUCUCCACUUGCUGAAUUGAUCAAGCAAACCAGUUUAAUAAUAUGGGAUGAAGCACCGAUCCAACACCGCCAUGCUUUUGAAUGUGUGGACCGUAGUCUCAGAGACGUCAUGUCUUUGGUAGAUCCCGUAAGGGCUAGACUCCCUUUUGGUGGGAUUUCGAUUGUAUUUGGCGGAGACUACAGAUAG